ACGUGAAAAAUUUCACAUUUCUGAGACAGAAACUGAUAUGGUUGAUAUGAUGCAUAUGAAAAAGAAAGAAUGGCUUUAUAGUGUUCCUGAAUCUUUAGACUGCAAAGUGUUGAAUCUUCCCUAAAAAGGAGAGGAACUGAGCAUGAUCAUACUUCUUCCAAACAAAAUAGACGGGCUAUCCAAAUUAGAAUCAUGUCUCACCUCGGAAACAUAUAAAGAACUUACAAAAGAUUUUUGAGAGGAUGUAAUUGUUUCUAUUCCAAAAUUUAAACUGGAAAGUUCGUUUGCACUCGAUAAAGUUCUUGCCGGAAUGGGUAUCACCGACAUUUUCUCUACUAGAGCCGACUUCAGAGCCAUGGUGGAUAAUCCGCCAGAGGACACUUUUGUUUCUGACGUCAUUCAUAAAGCAUUUUUUGAAGUCAAUGAAGAAGGCACAGAGGCUGCCGCUGCCACGGCAGUUAUAAUGAUGGUGAAUUGCAUGCCAAUGGAACCAAUGGUGUUUAAAGAGGACCACCCCUUCUUGUUCCUCAUCAGAGAAAAUUCUACUGGUACUGUGUUGUUUAUUGGCCGCUUCACCAAACUAGCUUAAUAACCGUACAUGUGCAUGACAUUUAUUUUCGCUGUGUUUUU